GCUCCUCCUCCCGGCGCUGAGACGCCAGGUGCGGGCGAAGGGAGCAGGAGCCGGGCGGGGAAGCGAGGGACGGCCGGGCCGGGCCCGAAGCUUGCACAGAUCUUUGGAAAAUGAUUUCCUCAAGUGCUUACGGGUCUAACACCUGGGAGCUCUUGGUGAUAGUUGAUCAUCAGUGUGAAGAAGAGCAAAAGGAAUUUACACUGCGGGUCACAGGGGACCUUCAUAUUGGAGGAGUGAUGCUGAAAUUAGUGGAACAAAUCAAGGUGUCACAAGAUUGGUCAGACUAUGCCCUUUGGUGGGAGCAAAAAAAGUGCUGGCUACUGAAAACCCACUGGACUCUUGAUAAAUGCGGGGUACAGGCAGAUGCUAAGCUGCUCUUUACUACUCAGCACAAAAUGCUGCGGCUUCGCUUGCCAAACAUGAAGACGGUGAGACUGAAAGUCAGCUUCUCUUCUGUGGUAUUCAAAGCUGUCAGUGACAUCUGCAAAAUUCUCAAUAUCAGACGGUCAGAAGAACUCUCUUUGUUGAAACAGUCAGAAGAUACACUCAGGAAGAAGAAGAAAAAAGAUAAGAAUAGCAAAGAAGUGGUUACAGAGGACAUUUUAAACUUGUGCAACUCUCCAACAAGUUCUGGAUUGUCAGCGAGUCCAGGUUUAUACAGUAAAACCAUGACGCCCACUUACGAUCCCAUCAGUGGGACACCAGCUUCUUCUACAAUCACCUGGUUCAGUGAUAGUCCCUUGACUGAGCAGAACUGCAGCAUCCUUGCCUUCAGUCAUCCCAACUGUUCUCCAGAAGCACUAGCAGAGAUGUACCAGCCUCGGACUUUAGCUGACAAAGCCAAACUCAAUGCAGGCUGGCUAGAUUCAUCUCGAUCACUUAUGGAACAAGGAAUUCUGGAGGAUGACCAGCUUCUUCUACGCUUUAAAUAUUACACUUUCUUUGAUUUGAAUCCAAAAUAUGAUGCCGUGCGAAUAAACCAAAUAUAUGAGCAAGCCCGUUGGGCCAUCCUUUUAGAAGAAAUUGACUGUACAGAGGAAGAAAUGUUGAUCUUUGCUGCACUACAGUAUCACGUAAGCAAGUUGUCAUCAUCAUCAGAGACACAAGAUUUCACCAAUGAAUCAGAAGUAGAUGAAGUAGAAGCUGCACUUUCUAAUCUGGAGGUGACGCUGGAAGGUGGAAAAUCAAGUAACAUUUUGGACAUCACAGACAUCCCGAAACUUGCUGAUUAUCUCAGGCUAGUUAGGCCUAGGAGACUGUCAAUCAAAACUAUCAAGCCAUAUUGGUUUGUCUUUAAAGACACUUCCAUAUCUUAUUUUAAAAACAAAGAAUCUGGACAGGGAGAACCCAUAGAGAAACUAAACCUAAAAGGAUGUGAAGUUGUACCAGAUGUAAAUGUUGCAGCAAAGAAGUUUGGAAUCAAGUUGCUAAUUCCUGUUGCUGCUGGCAUGAAUGAAGUAUACUUAAGAUGUGACAACGAGAAUCAGUAUGCCCGCUGGAUGGCUGCUUCUGUUUUAGCCUCAAAAGGCAAAACAAUGGCUGACAGCUCUUAUCAUCCUGAGGUUCACAAGAUCCUUUCAUUUCUCAAGAUGAAGAACUGGACUAUGUCUCCCCAGGCUGCCUCUGAUCCAGAAAGCAUAGAUAUGAAACCAGAAUGCUUUGUCUCACUACGUUACACAAAAAAAUACAAGUCUAAGCAGUUGGCAGCUCGUAUUCUGGAAGCUCACCAGAAUGUAUCCCAGAUGCCCCUCGUGGAAGCAAAGCUGCGUUUUAUUCAAGCAUGGCAGUCCCUCCCCGAGUUUGGCUUAUCCUACUACAUUGUGAGGUUUAAAGGAAGCAAGAAAGAAGAUGUGCUUGGGGUGUCCUACAACAGGCUGAUAAGAAUAGAUAUAGCCACAGGAGACCCUAUUACAACAUGGAGGUUCUCCACCAUGAAGCAGUGGAAUGUGAACUGGGAAAUACGCCAGGUUGGGAUUGAGUUUGAUCAGAACGUGUCUAUUGCUUUCACAUGUCUGAGCGCAGACUGCAAAAUCAUCCAUGAGCAUAUUGGGGGCUACAUCUUCUUGUCAACCCGCUCCAAAGACCACAAUGAAUCUUUGGAUGAAGAACUGUUCCACAAACUAACUGGAGGUCAGGAAUGAGGUGAAGGAAGCUCUGCCUGCUUCUCCCCACUGCUUAAGAGAACAAGAGAUAAAGAAAAAUACAUCUCUGAUGGUUAAUUACUGAAUAAUAAAUAAAUUGUACAGGAACUCGAGGACAUUGUGCAGUGAAUUUCCUCUGUUACAGCUGUGUAAUUCCC